UUGAUAAAAUUUCGAGUCAGUGUCAAUUUAGUGAUGAUUGUUGUGUACCUAAAGAAGUUAAUUUACAAAUAAUAAAUUAAAAGUGUCAGUUUAAUUAACGAGUCAAUAAUUAUAAAUUAAUACAGUUUUUAAACAAUAAUAUUCGUUGACUGCAUUUUCAUUUAAUCAAAAAUAUAAAAAAUGGCUCUAAAAACACAGGUUGGAUUAAAAAUUAUGAACGAAGUCAUCAAACAGAAAGCACCCAAAAAGAAUGGACCUCCAGGAAAUAAUGUCGAUUGGCGUGUUCUUGUUGUUGAUCAGUUAGCAAUGCGAAUGGUUUCGGCUUGCUGUAAAAUGCACGAUAUAUCAGCUGAAGGAAUUACAAUUGUUGAAGAUAUACAUAAAAAACGAGAACCAUUAUCGACAAUGGAGGCUAUUUAUUUAAUAACCCCAUGUGAAAAAUCAGUACAUGCCUUAAUGAAUGAUUUUGCUAGUCCCAAUCGUACUAUGUACCGGUCUGCACACGUUUAUUUUACUGAAGGGUGUCCUGAUAACUUAUUCAAAGAAAUAGCCGAAUCUAAAGUUGUAAAAUAUAUAAAAACAUUCAAAGAAAUCAAUAUUGCAUUCAUUCCAUACGAAGAACAGGUAUUUUCUUUGGAUUCUCCCGAUACUUUCCAAUGCAGUUAUAAUCCCAGUUUAAUUUCAACUCGAAUGGCUAAUAUGGAGCGAAUGGCAGAACAAAUUGCCACAUUAUGCGCUACAUUGGGAGAGUAUCCAUCUGUUCGCUAUAGAGCUGAUUGGGAAAGAAACGUUGAGUUAGCACAAUUAUUACAACAGAAAUUGGAUGCUUACAAAGCAGACGAACCAACAAUGGGAGAAGGUCCAGAAAAAGCACGUUCUCAACUUUUAAUCCUGGAUAGAGGUUUCGAUUGUGUUUCUCCUUUACUUCAUGAAUUAACUCUUCAAGCUAUGGCGUAUGAUUUGCUGCCAAUUGAAAACGAUGUUUACAAGUAUGAAGCAUCUGCUGGAUCAUCAGAUAAAAAAGAAGUUUUAUUAGAUGAAAAUGAUGAACUAUGGGUAGACUUGCGUCAUCAACAUAUUGCUGUGGUAUCGCAAAACGUAACAAAAAAUUUAAAAAAAUUCACUGAUUCAAAAAGAAUGCCACAAGGAGAUAAACAAUCAAUGCGUGAUCUAUCACAAAUGAUCAAAAAAAUGCCACAAUACCAAAAAGAAUUAUCCAAAUAUGCAACACAUUUGCAUUUAGCAGAAGAUUGCAUGAAAUCCUAUCAAGGAUAUGUGGACAAAUUAUGCAAAGUGGAGCAAGAUUUAGCUAUGGGAACUGAUGCUGAAGGUGAAAAAAUAAAAGAUCAUAUGCGAAAUAUUGUUCCGAUAUUGCUUGAUCCAAAAAUCACAAAUCCAUAUGAUAAAAUGCGCAUUAUUGCAUUAUACGUUAUGUCUAAAAAUGGAAUAUCCGAUGAAAAUUUAACUAAGCUUGUUACUCAUGCCCAAAUUCAGGAUAAGCAAACUAUCGCUAAUUUACAACAUCUUGGUGUAAACGUUAUCGUAGAGGGCAAUCGCAGAAAGCCUUACACUGUACCACGUAAAGAACGCAUAACUGAACAGACAUAUCAAAUGUCCCGUUGGACGCCUGUGAUUAAAGACAUAAUGGAAGAUUGUAUUGAAGAUAAACUCGACCAUAAACAUUUCCCAUAUUUAGCUGGACGUGCACAAAGUUCUGGUUACCAUGCACCCACAAGUGCACGAUAUGGUCAUUGGCAUAAAGAUAAAGGUCAACAAACAGUUAAAAAUGUACCACGACUACUUGUAUUUGUGGUUGGUGGAAUUUCCUUCUCUGAAAUACGAUGUGCAUAUGAAGUCACAAAUGCCGUUAAAAAUUGGGAAGUUAUUAUAGGUUCUUCCCACAUAUUAACACCUGAAGGAUUUUUAAGUGACCUUGCUUCUUUAAGCAACUAGAAAUCACUGAAAAAAGUUUCCUUUCAAAUUACUUAAUAUUUAUUUCCUUAUUUAUUAUUUCUAUUUAAUUAUGACCGUUUUAGUCGUGGGACAAUCCAUAUUAAUACAAAAUUUCGAUUUGUAUUACAUAAUAUUUUGAUCAUUUCCACAUGAGAAGAUUUAUUAAAAAACCAUGACAAGAUAUAUCCUUGAACCUUUUGGGAUAUCGCAAUGCAAUCAACCAGAAAAUUUACAUCUUACAUUUCAACCGGUUAGACUCGGUAUAUUGAAUGCUCACGUGCAUAUAAAGUAUUUAUUUAUACAACACUAGCAAAUGAUUGUUUUUUUAUUUUCUUAAUAUCGAUAUCCAGUUUGUGCGAUAUAUUAUAAUUUUAAUAUUACUAGUUUUUUGUCAAGCCUUUUAUGUUCACAUAGUCGAGACGAUUUCUGUUCAUGCUAAAUCCUUUCGCAAGACUUCCUUAACUUGUCUUUGUAGAUUUGUAUAAUUUUUUAAGAAAAUAAUAUACAUUCUGUGAAAAGUAUCAAAUCUUAGAAAAAAAGACAAUUAAAUUGAAAAAAAUUAGACAUAAUGCUGGGUCAAAGUUCUAUAGCUAUUUUCCACAAAUUAAGGUCUACAGAUAUUUUUACUGAAAUUCUGAUAAUUAAAAAUUCGUAGAUAAACCGCCAUAAAGAAUUGCUAAGCGUGAUUACAAUAUUGUGAGUGAUAAAUUCUAAUGAAGAAUUCUAUUAUAAUUUGAUGAAAUGAGAUGAAAAGUACGAACAAAUUUUUUCGAGUACUCGCUUAAUUUUAACGGUAACACGUUUGAAAAUGGAAAUUCGAAAAUUAGCUACUAUUAUGCCUUAUAGAAAAACAUUAUUUGAAUGUUACAAAUAAUUUUCAUCAUGAAUUUCAGUCUAAUCAAGAAUCAAAAACCGCCGCGAACAAAACAAAAAAAAAUUCAAAUUUGAAUAUUUUCAAUACUAGUUGAUUUUUAAAACUUAACUGAUAUUCAUGUAUUAUUCUACUGGAUCAAUCGAUGUUUCUAAUAUCUAGGAAUUACUUACCUAAUAGUCAAUUGAAGGAGUCUGGUUUACGGUCAUGUUAUUUCUCAGUAAACUUAUAUCAUAAAGAUGCCAUCAAAAAAUGUUCGAAAUUUUGUAUUAGGAUGGAAACAAACUUUUUGGACCCCGAAUAUAUUAAUUGAAUCGUUUGAAAAACGAGAUGUUACUAAUUUAAGGAAAUAUGUAAUUAAAAUAAUCUUCCGCCUUUUUCUUGAAAACUAAUGUAUUGUUAUCACAAUUAAAAAUCAAAACUGGUGAUGAAGAUGAAGACAUGCUUAUUGAAUUAGCCUCUCUGAUGUAACGUAAUGUUAAUAAAAUGUAUAAACGUAGUAUUAUUAUGUUAAGAAAAUGUGUUUAUACUUGUAAGAAUUUCUGUAGUAGAUAUUAUCAAGCAUUGUAAACUAAAACCUCAGGUUUAUGAUGUGAAAUUUAUUUAAAAAUCGAUUUGGAUCGAUAUAGUUCAAAAUGAUAAAACAUAAAUGAAGAAUUGUCUUCAUUUUGUCGGAAUUUCUAAAUGUAGAAUUUCUAACUGGAUGUUACUUUAGAUUCUAUAAAAUUUAUUUUAAUUUUCACCAAAAAAUCG